AUGUCACGAUCAGAUUUGGAUUCACAAAUUAAAGAGACAUUCAAGUCAGAGGUAAAGAUUUCCGACAUCGAUGUUAUAGAUACGAAAGAUGGUUUUCUCUUUGAGUGGUGGUGUGUAUUCUGGCACACCUACACCUCCCAGCAACAGAAUAUACAGGAUGAGAAUACAAAGCUUUUUUCAGAGAUUGUGAACAAUCAUCGCAAUGCACAGUUGCAGCUACACCAACAGCAACAACAGCAACAGCAGCAACACCAUCAUCAGCAGCAACAACAACAACAUCAACAGCAUCUACAACAACAACAGCAACAGCAUCAACAACAACAACAACCACCACAUGGACAUCCACAACAACCACCUCCAUACCCUCCACAUCCUCAGCAACAGCAGUUGCCACCCGGACAUCCCGGUGCUGUGCAGCACCCUCCACAAGCAAUGUAUUUUCAUCCAUCCCUAGCAUCACCACCACAGGGAUAUCCCCACUAUUCACAACCACUCGUAGGUAAUGCACAGGCAAAUGUACAACAGAACCCAAUGCUUCACCAGCAACAGCCACCUCAUUCUCCUCAGAUCCCGCAAGCCCCGAACGGCUCAGGCGCGCCACAGUCGUCGCCGUCGCCAGCUGCUGGCGCACCCUUCCCCUCACACCUUUCACAACCGCAUUUACAUCUACAGCCUCAACACACUGGCGCUGGCAUCGGAUCGCCCGUCAACGUCUACUCCUCGGCAAUCUACCCGAUGGCAGUCGAUAUGAAGUCGGCACCGCCACCACCAGGCAGCAGGGCACCACAAUCACUACCUUCGCCACACCAACAGCAACAACAACAGACACCACAACAACAGCAACCACCCUCACAAUACUACACCAUUGCACAGCCAAAUAAUCCAUUGGGUAUUCAGUUAACAUCUUCUCAGACACAGCAACCACAGGCACUCACACCGACCGGUCUCCAUGGAAAACAACCCAUAGGACAACCACCAACAACUUCGCCAACCAACAGUAACCAACAACAACAGUCUAAUACAAUUUCACCAACCGGUAUUUCUUCGUCAGGACCAACUCCUCCACCUCAAUCGAUCGCAACACCGCCACAACAAUCGGCGUCGCCACAGAAUCAUCCCAACAACAAAUCCAUUGCUGAACAAGAGAGCGACAAGAAUUCAGCAGGUUCAAAGCUACAUCAACAAAACAAAACAAUUCAAUCGCCAAAGAAGAAACAAAACUCACAGGAACAUCUUGUACAACAGCAACAACAACAGCAGCCACCACCUGCACAUGUCGCGCCAGUCGGCGUGCAUGCCGCCAAUGCAAGAAGAGGCAUCGGACCCGAACCACCACAGCCACCACCAGGCGCCGUCGGACAACACAUCUACGCACAGAAUCCAAUGGGUAAAUACAUGCAGAUGGGUUACUAUCCACCACCGGUCACAAUGAUGCCAUUCCCUCAAUCCGGACAAUUCCAAAUGGGUUACUAUCCACCGCCAAUGGCGGUCGGACACUCGCCAAUGCAUCAGAUGGGACAACCAAUGAUUCCACACCAAAUGAAUGUACAACCACCACCUGCACCAACACAACAGAAUCCACCCGCUCAUCUCAUGGGAUUGCCUACACAAAACACUCCUGCCGUCCUGAAUCCGACACCGCCUGUCGCCGCCGCAGCCACUACAACCUCCACCUCGUCGUCCAAGUCAAAGUCGCGUUCCAACAGAAAGGGAUCGACCACCAACUUUGACGAGAAUGGAGUAUCGGCAGAGACCAAGCCAAAGGCAACAAAGAAGCGUAAAGCAUCGAUUACAGACGGUGGCGAGAGUAACAUCACUGCAGCAGCGGCAGCAUCAUCGACCUCCUCUUCCACCACCACCUCAAAGUCACAGCUAAAGAGAAUGAAUAGCAAGAGUGGAACUUCAUCGCCACAGAUAACACAACCAUCACCCUCACAAGAAAUGGCAUCACCCACUGUCGUUGAACAACACUCUCCAUUUACACCAUCACAACCACCUCAGUCACCACUACAAUCUCCACCCAACACUGGACUGUCAGGAAGCACUGGCAUCAGCAUGCAACCACCACAACAACCACCACCCAAGAGUAACAGUCCAUCUUCAACAACAACCACAAACAACAACAAUAACAACAGUAGUAAUAGUUCCAACAGUAAUGUCGAUCCAAACAACAACAAAGGACCAUCAAACAGUCCAAACAACAAUAACAAUAAUAGCAAUAAUCAAUUGAUUUCACAAACAUCAGAGUCAUCACUGAGUGGUUCACUUAAUAUUAAUGUAAAUGGAAGUCCAAGUGGCAAUUUAAAUAGCAAUAGUAAUCGAACAUUCAGUCAAGCCAAUCUCACCAACAGUCCAGGCCAACAAAUGAGCGGCCAAACACAACUGCCGGAAUCACCACAAUCACAAACAUCAACCAAUCAAUAUUCUUUCUCACCGAUGGUCAAUGCCCAGUCACUGUCGUCCUUUGAGUUCAACUCCACCUUUGAUACCACAGGCUCGCUGAGUGGCGAUCUACACUCACAGAGCAAUGGAUCGUCGCCACGCAUCCGUCCCAACAAGUAUCACAUUUCGUCGCCAUCGGCCAAUGGACAAUCCGGCUCUCUCAACGCCGGCAGCUACAUGCUCAACCAACACCAACCACCUGAUGACAUCAACUAUUUAUUUAAUGACGGUAUGUUUCAAGAUCAACCAAUCAAUUGA